AUGAACGAAAUGAACGAAUUACAAAUUAUCUUUUAUACAUCCCAGGAUUACCAUGAUUCCAAAAAACAACAUAGAAAACGAGAACCCAACAUGUUCGUCUCCUUUCGAAAGGAGAAGAUGAAGAAAAGGCCGGCUAAUGUUCCAAUUGCUGAUUAUAUAAAAGAUGUGAGCAGAAUAUGGAAAGGAAUGUCUGAGCUUGAAAAGUCAGAUUGGCAAAGGAAAUAUCUUAACAAUCGAGAAAAAAGAAAAUUAACAGAUCUUUU